GCGAUGCUCAGCGUCCUGAGCUGCGCGCUCGACAGAAGAUGGGACAGCCAGGAGAACGCCGCACCCCCGCCCCCGCCCCCGGAACCGUCACCGCCCCCUCCGGAGGUCGUGCCGCCCCCGCGCGACCAGGAGAGCGUCGCCGUCCAGGAGGGCGAUGACGUCACACUCACGCUGCUCGUCGCCGGCGGGGAGCCAACCGACGUCUACUGGUCCCGCAACGACCGCCGGCUCCUGGGGGACCGCUUCCACGUGGCACGCAAAGACGGGCACGCUGUGCAGCUGUCGCUGACGCGCGUGUCGCGUGACGACUCGGGCCGCUACACGCUCACGGCCUCCAACUCGUCGGGCGAGUCGCGCGCCGGCUACGACCUGCGCGUCGACUCCAGGAUGUCCAUGUCGGACUCACUGAGCGUGCCCACGCACGACGACGCACCGCACUUCCUCCGCUCCCUCGCCGACCUCGCCGUCAAGGUCGGCACCCGCACCAGGUUCCUCGUCGAGAUACGCAGCCCUUCCGACCUCAAGGUAACAUGGCUGCGAAACGACAGGCCGGUCAAGGAGACCGACCGCUUCCAGUUCCUGAACGAAGGCAACUUCUGGUGCGUGGACGUGGGCCCCGUCAUGGUGGAGGACCACGGCCGCUGGACGUGCGUGGCGGAGAACGACGCCGGCCGCUCAGCCUGCGCCUGCCAGCUCAGCGUCCUGGUGCCCAAGGCGUACAAGGGCCCCGAGUUUUUGGAGGAGCUCCGCGCGCUGCUGACGGAGCAGGGCACCGUGUCCCUCGAGUGCAAGGUGGUCGGCGUGCCCACCCCCGCCUUGCGCUGGUACAAGGACGCCAAGGAGAUCCGCGCCGGGGACGUGUUCGCGCUCACGGCCGACGCGUCGGACCCCACCUCCCUCGGCACCUACACCUGCGAGGCCGUCAACUGCAUGGGCAGGGCGUACUCGUCGUCCCGGGUGCACGUCGUGGGUCGCGGCAGCAGGGAGGGCUCGCUCAAGCCGGCAGACUGUUUGCUUCCAACUGGGCCGCCGCCUACAUUUGACGAAGAAAUCAGCCACGAGAAAGCCCGGAUCGGCGACUCACUGACUCUAUCUUGCCACGUUCAAGUGCCUCCCUGGCCGAAGAGCAUCCAAUGGUACAACAGCGAAGGCCGCGUUGAGACUGGCGAACGUUACCGUAUCCUGGAAGAUGGCCUCGGCGGCUACUCAGUCGAGAUCUCGGCCCUCGAGGCCUGCGAUGACGGCGAGUGGAAGUGCGUCGCCACGUCGUUCGAGGGCGUCCGAGGCAUCUCGACGGCCGUUGUCACCAUGACUUAUCCAAAGAACUACAGAAAGCCAAGAUUUUUAGAAAGCUUGCGUGCUAUUCUCACCGAAGAAGGCCUUGUUUCGUUUGAGUGUAAAGUGGUUGGGUUCCCAACGCCACAACUACGCUGGUUUAAAGACGGACAGGAGCUAAGACCGGGCGAUGUUUAUCAACUCACCGGAACCAAUUCCUUAGGGUCGUACUGCUGCAUCGCUCGAAACUGUAUGGGCGAGGCCAGCAGCACUGCAGAGCUCACUGUCGAGGACAUCCAAAGCCAGCUGAGCGAGGAGGAGCGAUUGUCCCUAUUUUCAAGCGACAGCGUUCCUCACUUUGUCCGCGGCUUGCGAUCGCAAGAAGCUAGAGUAGGCGAUAACUUCCGGUUUACUGUACAGGUAAGCGUAGCGCCAGAACCAAAGCUGGAGUGGUUCCGUGACGAUGACCCGGUGGUGGAGGGGGACAAAUUCCGAGUAACCCGCGAAAACCUGGGCACCUGCCAUCUCGACAUUCGACCUAUCGACGUUAACGAUCAGGCGGAGUGGAAAUGCGUAGCAACGAACGAUUUUGGGCACAGCGUUACUUCUUGUUUCUUGAAAUUAACCAUUCCAAAGCACUUCAAGAAGCCUCGCUUCCUUGAAUGCUUACGCGCUGUGCUCUCCGAAGAAGGGGCUGUGAAUUUAGAGUGUAAGGUCAUAGGCGUUCCCCAGCCUGUGCUUAAAUGGUACAAGGAUGGAGAGGAAUUGAAGCCGGGCGACAUUCAUCGAAUCAUUUCGGGACAAGACGGAACAUGCUGCCUAGGCACCUACACGUGUGAGGCAACCAACUGCAUGGGCACUGUGUCAAGCUCAGCUUCCCUUGUAGGAUUCGAGGAGCGAGGAUCUCCCAAGAGUGGUGCAGCACGGGCGCCCCAACCCAUAGUCCGAGACCCGUCUUUGUCCACGAUUCACGAAGAGCGCACCUCUCAAAUGCACGACGCCGAGCAGUCACUUUCUCUAGACGAAAGGGGAGAGGUUAGCUUCUCCUUUGAUGGCAAGGAAGUAUCUGUUUCACUGUAUGAAACACCAGAUCUUACAGAAGAAGAAGCACUCCAAGUGGUUGAAAUGUACGCAGACGAGCUUAGCGAACACAUAUCAGAACACAAUAUCGUGGAGCUGCCACCAUUACGAUUUAUGAAAGAAUCGUCCACGUCUGGAAACCUCCUGAUGGAAGCUGUUUUAGUAGACGUGUCUCCCGACUACUUUGGGCCAGCAGGAGAAGAAGACUUACGAACUGAUGCGGAUAUGGAUGAGUUUUCCAUAAGUGACGAAGCAAUGACGCUGCAUACUCCUAACGAAGACGAAGAUAAGUCUGAGCGGCUUGAUUCAGAAGAAAUAUUUGAUAGAGCGUUAGAGCCACUAGCAAGGUCAGGCUUGUCAAACGAAGAAAUUCCUCCAAAGCGGCCGCCUAGAAAGACAAGAAAAGAUCUCACAGACUCAAAAUCUGGAAGUAAAGAGUCCCGAUCAAUUGAGGAAAAGAGCGAUUCCUACUCUGAUGCAAAGGGGCAUUCGCUGGAAAUGGACACAAGUUAUAAGAGCGCAAACGAGAACAUGGAGAAUUUGACUGAUGAAAACAUGUCUGGUAAGGCUUCCAAAAGAAAAUCAUCAGCAAGCGACGAGUCAAGCAGCAAAUUAAGAAAAUCCGAGACUGGCCAACUUCAGAAGUCAGCAGAAGGUAAAGAUACAAGUUGUAAGACAGAAAGCAAAACUCCUCAAAAAGGUUUAUCGAAACUGGGUAAACGGGGCAGAACGACUUCUGUAGAAUCUAACAGUGUCACUGAGGACGACACCAUAUAUGAAGAUAACAUUCCAAAAAAGCCACAACUUGCAUGUAUCGACGCGCUUGUUCCAGAAUAUCAGACAGGUCAGAUAUCUGUUCUAGACUCUCUAUCACAUUCCUUGCAGAGUAUUCAGAAUGGUUUAAUGCUGGUUGAAAAUCAAGUUGCUUCUCAAUCUAUAGAUAACAAAUCAGCCAAAGAAAGCUUUGAAAUUCUUGAUGAUUUGUCGCAAUCUUUACAGGAUAUACAAAGGGGUCUUAGCUUAAUUGAACAGCACAUAGAUGAAGAAUCUGUUGUACCUCCGGGUCAAACAGAAAUGUCUAUCCUUGAAACUUUGGCACAACCACUGCAGGAAUUUCAACAAAAACUUGCAUUAGUUGAGCAACAGUCUGUCCUCGGGGGGACCGAAGAGACAUUACUGGAAAGGACAACCCAUUCAAUAAUGGAGUCCGUGUCUCAACCAAUGCAAGAGUUCCAAAGGGAAAUGGGCUUAAUACAUCAGCGAGCAGCACUAGGAAUGGGUGAAGAUUUCGUUACAGAACGACUUCAAAUUUUAUGUGUUCCAUCAGGUCGCAGCAGCGCUGAAGAAGUUGAAGCCAUUGGCCCGAAACGAACGACUGUGGAUGAAUCUGAAGCCAAAAUGAAGGCAUCUCUAUCUCUCCAGACUUUAGCCGAACCCGUGACCGAAUUACUCAACGCCCUUGAAAAGUUCCAGUCAGAUGUAGUCAAAGUUGACGGAGGAGAUAUUUUAUCUGACAAACCCAAAUUCGCAUCAUUGGAGAAACUACUAUAUCCGAUGAAGGUGCUAAAGACGGAAAUUGAGCUAAUCGAGCAACAGGCAAUAACGGAAGCUGAUGCUAGUCUGAUCCAAGGAAAAAGCCUCUCAAUUCUCGAAGCUGUGUCACAACCGAUGGAUGAGCUUCGUAGAGGAAUAGCACUAGUUGAACAACGAGCAGUCUUGGACGCAGGCCAAGAGUUCUGUUCUGUUUCUGUUUUGGAAAACCUUGAAAAACCAAUUCGAAGAUUAAAAAGGGGACUGAAUCAAAUCCAACAGCAAGUGUCGCUUGAGGCGAGUCUUGAGUCGAUACCUCAAAGUUACGACAUAUCUGUGUUGCAAGGUUUAGAAAUAUCUUUACACAACUUAAAAAGAGUUUUAUCUGCACUUCAAAAGAAAUGUGCCGCCCAGCAAUCUGAAGAAGUAUUUCACUUAUUCGAAGUCUGUACUCUUUUCGAACCUCUUGACAACUUGUCGCACGCUAUCACCAGAGCAAGCGAAAGCAUCUUAACAGAAAGCACAGACAGUUCAUCAAAGCCUUCAAUUGCAUCGCUUGAUUGUAUAACAUCGCCAUUGAACGAGUUAAAUAAGGGCCUUCUUCAUGUUGAAGAACGGUUUUUCCCGGGAAAUGUGCGAAAAUCUACUACUGAACAGAAAUCGGUUGCGGAACUAGUACAAAGUCCUUUGAAGGCAUUACAAGAGGCUCUGGCCAAAGCUGGUAGAGAGGUGUGCGUCGACCAGUCUACAGACGAAGAACUAAACCCAGAAACAACUCCUGCUCUUCUAACUUUAGUUCCAGCUGUUCAAAAUCUUGAGAACUACUUAGGAAGUCUCCUUACUCAGCUACGUAGACCAAAAGAAACAGAUGAAAUAUCUCUUGCGGAAAGUUUGGAAACACUGCAAUCUCUGUUUAAAUGUGCUUAUGAAGUUGAAAACUCAGUAUCACAAAUACGCCGACUGGCCAUGAAGAAAGUACCCCAGGACAAAACGGGAGCCCUGGUCCUGGGUUCACUUAAGGAGCCCUUCCACGAAUUGGGCACGAAGCUGAUUGAAAAACAACAAGGGCUUCUUUUGCAACCGGGAGAUCUUACGCUGUUUGUGAAGCCACUUGACGUAGAUCUUCAAACAUUGUUCCCACAGUUUGAUACAAUGUGUGAAGCAUUGAAUGACGUACAGCUGUUUGCUGCUCUACAGGAUGUAAAUGCGACUCCAGGGAAGCAUUUUCUAAAUUUAAAGGACUUAAACGAGCCAAUCACACAAUUAAUUGCAGAAGUUGUUAAAACAAAAUCAGAUGUCACAAAAACAGCUGCAAAUUCAACAAACUACCCAUUAUUGCAAAAACUGGUGCCUCCAAUGCAGAAACUGACAGCAGCCUUAUUAAAGUUAGAAGGAGCAUAUACGGAAAUAUCUGGUCCUGCAGGUGUGGCAAGUGAAAUCUACGUUGAUGCGAUGAAACAAACGUCAAUUACUCUUCGUUCUCUGUUUGAACAAAUUUCAUUGCUACCUGAACCAGGAUUUGAAGGACUUCAAUCGAAGAAACUAAAGGAUGCUUGUCUCAAUCUUAUCCAGCCAUUGGCAGGAGUUGAGUUUCUUGUGCAGAAGCUCUCUAGUGACCUAGAGACAGACAUCAAUCCAACUAGUCUUCACAAUUCCCUUACUCAAAUAUCUAAAGCAAUGUCAGUGCUUUCCAAUGAGAUAAACUCAACGACAAAUGAGCUUGAAGAAAAAUUAAUUGACUCAGGCUCAACGCAGCCUGAAAUCGUUCACACAAUUCUAUCUUCAUUUUGUGACGUCCAGAGAGCAGUUCGUGCUACGCAGGUUCAAAUUGCUAUGGAAUCUGGGGAAGAAGAUCUUGGAAAUUCUCUAACACCUCAGAAGUUUGUCGAAAUUAAUGACUCACUUAGAGAUCUGAAAUCUAAUCUCCAAAGUUUUGAGAUUGUGGCAUCAGCCAAAUCAAAAGAAAUUGUUGUGUCCCACGCCGUUGAAAUGGACAGCUGUUUAAGCAAAGCACUUCAAAAAAUAGAAGAGUUGCCCAAGCAUCAAUCUAGUUCUCGGUCUCCGUUUGCUGAUUGGAACUCAAUAUUUGGCUCAAUACACUCGUUAAAACCGCAUUUUACUGCCCUUAAAAAUAUUUUAAGUACAAUUCGAUCAAAACUAGAGAAUGUGCCAGAAGGGCAACCAGUAAUAGACCGGACAUUAACGAUUAACCUAGCAGAAAAUUUAAGAGAAACUCAGGAACAACUUGGAAAACUAUCUUUGCAAAUAAUAUCUGCUCAGGGGCACGUGCCACAAUUAGGAACUGCUGAAAAGCUUUUGUUCACUGCAAAUGAUCUAAAGAAUCACAUUGCAACAUUACAAAACGUAAUCAAUACUAAAUUUGAAAGUGAUAUGGUAUUAAGUUCCUCUGAAGCAUCAUACCUCUGCACACUAUUAAGCCCUCUUCUAGAGUUCACUAAUGGAAUUGAACAAGUAUCAACAAUGGGUGUUGCAAUGGAUCAAAGUUCUAUGUCUGUACCUCAACUUCAAAACUUACAAGAUUCUGUUUGUGAACUCCAGGUUGCGCUCGAUUCCUUUAAGUCCCUUGUUCCUUCAGAUGAUGUCAAAACUCCAGGCAGUCAGAUUAUAUUUGAGACGCUUUCUGAACCACUGCAGCAGUUAAAUAACGGCUUAUCUCAUGUGUGUGAGGCCACUGGUAAAAAGCCUACAGCAUCUAUUUUACUCCUUCAAGCUUCAAUAGCUCAGCCUUUGGAAGAAAUGAUUUCUGCUCUAGAGUACGAAACAGAACGGUUAACACACAUUGUUGAUUCGUACGUACCAGAAACGGACAGAGAUAUAAAGAAGUCGCAAAUUACACUCCCGGUUGAAGGAUUUAAAGCCAAGAUUAAAAACAUGCACACUGCCAUUUCAAGCGGGGCUCAUAGUGACGGCGAAGCUCAGGUGGCCACCCUUAAUGGUUUAACCCAGUGCGUGCGAGAGUUUAGACAGUUGGCAGGUGCUGUUCAAAGUGAAGUUGCCAAAAUGUGUGAACCAAUACAAAUAUCAAAUAAAGGUAGUCUACCGCUUCUUCAAAACCUUCAGCAAACAGUCAAAGAACUUCAAACAGAAGCAACAAAUGCGGUAUCGAUAGCAACGAUACACCUAGAAAACGCACCAGUGUCCUCAAAAGAAUCGGCAGUGCUAUUGGAAAAAAUAAUCAACCCAGUUUCUGAUUUUUUACAAAGUCUCUCACAUUUUGAAAACGAUAUAAUUUCGGAAAAUGAUAUGGUCCCACUUGCUAAAUCUACCGCCCCAAAGAGUCUUGUAGAACCAUUGUCAAGUAUGAAACAAGUCUUACUCAAUAUUGGAAGAGAAAUUUCAGAGAAUGCAGUUCAUGAAAAUAUCGCAGUGUUUCAACGGCCAAUUCAAGACCUACAAAGAGGAAUUGCAUUGAUUGAAGAAGAAAUAUUUUUGUAUACUGAUGACUCCCUAACCUUAAAAGACGGUGUGUCAAUUCUGGACACUCUGUCUCAACCCAUACAGGCCAUGAAAAAAGAAGUGUUGAAAUUUCAGGCAGAUCUCAUUAAGGACAGUGGAGUACCAAAACAAGAGCUUGUAGGUCCAGUUCCCAGCUUAAAAGUAUGUUCAAGUGCGCUGCAUAAUCUUGAAAAGGCGAUCAUCGCAUCAGAAGAAACUCCGUGGGAUAAAUCUAAUCUAUCCCCGGCUUUGUACGCUGCGUGCAAUGUCCUGAGUUCUGAUGUACUAGAACCCUUAAAAGGUUUGUGCUAUUGGACGACUUCUCUCCUUCAGCAAACUCAAUCGCCAAAUAAGGUUACCCAGGACGCUGUAGAAGUCCUUGAGAAACCUUUAGAAGACGUGUCGCAGGCCUUGCUAAAGGCAACUGCUCAAGUAGGACAAUAUUGUGGUGAGAAAGACUUUGCAUCCGUUCAGAACGUCCUCGGCGAACUGAAACAAUUUCAGAAAAAUGUUGAAAUCGCCCACAAUCAGCUUGCAAAAUGCAAGGUAAACAAUGAUCUGAGUGCAGAAGACGCUGUUAUUCAACUCGGAAUGCUGGCUCUUCCUACAAAAACAUUACAGGAAAAGAUAUGUGUAUUGUUCGAAGAUGCAAAUAAAAUGCAAACAGAUGCUUUCUUACAGAAAAAUUAUCAAGCUGCAGUUCAGCACGUCUCGCGCGCUUCUGAGGCGGCACAAAAUCAGGUGUCCAAAGUAUUGCCGACUCUUGACGAGAAAUCAGCGUUUGCCUUUAAAGAAAUCAGCAACGGACUAAAAGACUUAGUAAAAAGCUUAUCGCUCCCCGGCCAGCAAGAAAGGCCGGGGCUAAGCCCUCCCAUAUGUUCUACUGCACUUGAAAAGCUGACGGAAAUUCUUUGUGACACAGAGAAAAAUGUACUGUCUGGAACGGAUAGUACAGAUAACACACUGAAAAAUGCGGUCAAGCAGCUUGAGUGGAGUUUAAAAUUAAUUCACGAAGAAAUAGCCUCUGUAUCAACGCAUUCGUCAAUGUCAGCGGCUAAAGAAGAAUUUGUUCUUAAGACAAUAUCCGAGUCACUCCAUGAAUUUUCUGAUCAAUUAAUCAAAUUACCAGUCAAAGGUUCUUUAAUAAAACACGAAAAGUUCCAGCAACUUGAAGGCGAAACACACGCAAUCCUAGAAAGUGUCUCUGAAUCAAUUGACGCAAUGAGAAAAACGGUUACAGAAAAGGUACCGGUAAAAUCAGUCUCCGAUGAUGACAGUCAAAGUAUCAGUUCUGUUGUACAAUUGCUUUCAUCUCCUUUAGAGGCAUUAUGGAGCGGAGUGCAACAGAUAAAACAAGCAACGCAAGAGGCAAUUCCUAACGUUGAGCCAAAUGUUCUUCUUGAACCGGUUUUCUUACUAAAAGACACAUUGCUGGCAAUGGCACAACAGUUGCGUCAUUCUGACCAGUGUCCAGAUGCAGCUAAAAUGCUUGAACCCUCAAUUGAAACUAUUGAAACGGCUGUUGUCAAAAUUGAGGAAUGUGCCCAAUCGUCACCAUCAGGUGAAAGUUCUUUAAUUUUAGAGGCCAUUGCAACUCCUCUUAAAGAACUUAGGCAAAAUGUAGCUCAUCUUCAAACCACUGCAAGCGUUAAUGAUAUUGCGCAAGACAUAAGUAAAUGUGUUCAAGACAUUCAAUCUGAAGUUACAACAGCAAAGAUGUCACUUGUGUCUGACCAUGUCUCAGCCCAAAAACUGGUAGUGUCAGCCUUAGAAGGAUUAGAGGCCCCGUUAAAUACCAUACAAAAAGAACUGACACUUGCUGUCCAAAAAGUAACGCAACCUUCUAGCACCUCUACAGAUGCGUCGCCUUUGCUCGUGCCUGCAUUGCAGGAACUAUCACAAAAGAUUAUUGCAGUAAAAAGCCAAAUUCCAUCGAAAGGUGAGGAGAAAAUUUUACUGCAACCAAUAGAAAAGAUCCAAGAUUUGGUUUUUGAACUACAGUCGGCAUGUGAACAGGCAAAGGAAACAACCGAUGUGCAAGUGUUAUCUGUGGUUGCCGAAUCCUUGCACUGGCUCCGAGACGAAACUAAGCUAGUUCUUUGUAGUUUGCAAAAUACUGACUCGGCUCAAGAUGCACAAACUGCGGCGGUAGAAGCUGAAGCGUUUUCUGGCAAGACGCCAGAAAUGUUCGUGCAAGCUUCAAUGGAUAGUUUACUAAGCAUGUGCCUUGGUCUUACAUCAGAAACCAACAUCAGUUCCGUGCAAAUGCUCGCUGAAAAAUUGGUGACAUUAGUAGCAAGUUUAAAGAAAGGGCAGGAUGAAGUAACUUCAGAGGAAACUAAUAAUAUUUUGCUAUGCGUGCAGUCCAUCAAAGACGCUAUUGCCCCUCUGCCCCAUGGAACACAACAAACUGAUAACAUCCUCAGUUUGGUUCAAACAGUGCAAGAAAGCAUAAAUGAAUUGAUUUCUAGCAAAUCACCAACAGCUACCAACGUUAAUUCUACAGUGACCUCUCUAAGAACUUCGUUGGACUUAUUAAGGGUAUGCUUGAACCUCACAGAUGUUCGUCGUGAAAACACAUCAAAGUGCAUUUUUGAAAUGCAGACUCUUUUGAAACCUAUUGCUUAUUUGGCAAAUGAACUCUCAGUGGCAACUUCUCCUACUACUGUUCAUGAUCUCCCACCACUUGAAAACAUUUGUGCAUCUGUAAAGGAACUCAAAAAGACAGUUUCGUUGGCCAAAGGGCAUGUAUCUGCCUUAAAAGAAACUGGAAUUGACAUUGCAAAAGAGUUUUUAAAACCACUGCAAGAUUUCGAAUUGAGUUUGCAAACUAUUGAAGAGGACUACAUGAGAAAGGAAAACAGAGGAGAUUCUUCAGAAAGGAUUAAAGAAACAAUAAUCAAGGCUUUGUGUCAUCCGCUUGAUCUUUUCCAAGCAUCGAUAGGAAGGGCAAAGAAGAUGGAAGCUCUGAAGGUGACGGCUGAAUCACACGCACCACUCGUACAGGAAAUUUCAGAUCAUGUCGAGAACAUAAGAGCACAAAUAAAUCAAGCAGCGAAUGUUUCUCAAAACAUAGACAAGCCUGAUGUGAAAACGGCUGUGCAUACGAUGCAAACUCUUGAACUUCCACUACAAAGUUUGGUGAACGCUAUAACCGAAGUAGAAGACCACAAAGGACCUAAGGAUGAGGCCGUGCAAAAGGUUGUUAGACCAUUACACGAGCUCAGUAAGGCUGUGGCCGUUGCACAGUCACUUAUGGCAUCAAUUCCACAAGAGGAGGCAUGCUUAGUAUCUGUGCUAAAAAAGCCAAUCAACGAUUUGCAUACAGCUGUAUUUAUCACUGAAGAGGCAGCCAAAAACGCUGUUGCUACUGGUGAGCAGCCACUGGUUAUCCAGGACACUGUUCUUGAUUCACUCGGAAAGCCCCUUCAAGAUCUUGAACAAGCUGUGGUGCAAGUAAACAAAAAAAUGGUGGAAGCCGUUGAAAAUAAACCUCAUCAAAUAACAGAAGACGACCAAAAACUCAUCUUAAGACAGUCUGCUUCAAUCAAAGAAACAGACAGUGAAAGACUUAAAUCUGGUGAUCAACGCACAGAGUCUCAUCCUGAAGUCACAUGCAUUGCAAUCCAGGGACUACUAGAAGAAAUAAGCAAUUUGCCCCUAGAAUGUGUAUCACCUGUGCAGGAAUCAGCUGUGUCACUCAUGCAGCAAACGUUGGAGCCGUUCGUGCAACCAUUCAUGCAAUUGAGCUCCGAUAUGCAAAAGGCAUAUGCGUCCAUUGUUCAAGGAAGCACUGAAGAGCACAGUACAUUAAAGAGCUCCAUUGAAGUUCUCCACUCGACUGUUAUAGAGGUGCAGGCAAAACUGAGUCAAGAAGAAAAUCCUGAGUGUAUACUUUUACCGUACAUAGCCUCGUCUUUAGAUGUUCUUGAGCAAACAACUGCCUCCGUUGCAGAAAAAAUUCAUGAGGUUGGAGAAAAGUGUGCACUGCAGCUUAGUACUUUGAACGAACUUUCAAAUCCAGUUGAGAAUUUAACAGAAAAAAUAGCUAUUGCGUUUUCAAAACUUUCUUCAAAGCAAAGUGAACCUCACAUACCAUCUGAAGAAGGAAAACUUGCUGUAUCCAGUGCCUUGUUAUUUGUAGAUGAAACAGUGGACAUUAUAAAAGAGCUGCAAUUUGAAGUGGGUUCCUUGUGUGAUGUUUCUGAAGAAGAUUACCUGAAAGCCGUGCUGGCACCCCUUCUUCAACCAAUACAAGAUUUCGAACAAAGUCUGAUAUUAGUGAAACAAACAAUACAAAAUGAGUCCGCUUCCAAACCUUUGAAACUUAUUGUCGAAACUCUUGCUGAUUCGAUGAACACAGUGCAACGUGGUAUCAAGCAAGUCCAUGCCGAAAUAAAAGAAUUUGCGCCAGAAGAAUCAAUAAGUUUGAUUGCUGUUCCUUUACAAACUCUCGAAGCUGGUGUUCAGUCUAUCAUCGAAGGCCCAUUAAAAACUACUUCAAAAGCUAGUAUUGAAACAGCUAGCUUGAAUUUGGUGACAGCCCCUCUUCAAGAAUUCAAAGAAGAGCUAAAAAAAGUUAAGACAGAAAUAAAUGUUAAGAUUGCAAAGGAAAAUGUACUGUGUUUUGUCGAAAACGCGACUAACAGCAUUCAAAAUUUAGAAAAAGAUCUGUGUAUGGCAAUGGAAGCAGUUGAAACAGGCCAACCACUAGACACAACAGAUGCCAAAGAACUGACAAUUCUUCAAGGUCCACUGAACGAUCUUUUCAGCUACGUCAAUGAGCUGAAAGAAAAUGUUCUACGUGUACAAGUCGAUACACCACAGAAGCUGACGAUAGAUGACGUGUCAAAGCCAUUACAAUCCCUUCAGCUAUCCUUAAAAGAAGCUGAGUCAUUUCUUCAGUCUGAAUCUGUUUCAGAUAAUGAAAAAUGUGCAGAUCUACUUGAAGCAUCCGCGGCAUUGCAAAAGGCUGUUUUAAAGGUAGUUCAAGAGGCUGCAACUCUAGAAGACCCCACUGUGAUGCACUCUAUAGUAAUCAACGAACUUUCCAUGCCCUUACAAGAAUACUGUAAAGAGGUCACCGAAAUAAAAUCUGCGAGGGAAGCAGCACAAGUAGAAUUAGCUAAAGUGAAUGAAGCAACCCUUAGAAAUGCGACAAAAAUAACAGAGGAAGUCAACACGCUUCUUUCUUUGCCGAUCAAAAUUUAUCCAUCUGAUCAUAUAUUUGCUGCUCAGAACGCGACCAAAACGUCCCACAUUGUUAUUGAAAAUCUUUUGAAACCCCUAAAAGCCAUUCAACUUCUUGUCGAACAAGCGAAAACGGAACUGCAAGAAGAGACGCCAGGGCAGCAUGUAACAGCACAAGAUUUGAAGUUGUCUUUGCAAAGUUUAGUCGAUGGCCUUGAUCAAUCGCAUAAAACCAUACUAGAUUGUAAAGACCAAGAAUCCGUUCAAGAGAAGUCAGCAGCCGUUAGAAACAGGUUAAGUGACAUUGGUGACCAAUUGCAGUUGAAGGGCACAGAUGGCUCCAUUGCACAAGUAAUUGAAGAAAUUGUAGGUCCCAUUGCCUCACUCACCGAUUUAAUGUCUUCAGUCGUUUUGAAAGAGGCCCAAGAAGACAAAGUCCGUGCUCUGAAUGUUGUAACUGCAACCAUCCAGGAAAUAAAAAAUGAGGCAAACCUGAAUUUAUCUGAAUUGUCACAAGAUGACGUUUCAUCUGUCAAUAAACCUGUAACUGCUUCUUCUGUAUUGUCUACGAUUGCAAAUCCUCUCUCAAACUUACAAGCAAUCGUUCAGAAAGGAGUUGCUCACGUUCAGGCAACUGAUGAAUUGGAACUUGAGCCUUUACUGGAAAUUGCACAAGCCCUAAAACCUUUAGAAAACGUGCUUGCCUCGGCGCACCAGAUGGUUGUCCAGAAUAAUAGCCUUUUACAAUGUGAGAACGUGACACUGCUGGAAGUAGUUGAGAAGCUUCAGGACGGAAUUACUACGGCAGAAACAUCUCUUCAGUCAAACAAUGCGUCAGAGGAAAUAUUAAAAGGAGAAGUUUUUGAGAAUUUGGCAGAAAGUCUUUGUACUUUCACCGCGGAAAUAAAACAAGUAAGAGAAAAAGAAGAGCAAAGUCUUUAUGAAGAAGCUUUAAACGUCUUGAAAAAUGCAAUUUCAUGCAUUUCCUCGGGAUGCAAAGACUCAAUUCCUCUUAUCACAGACGGCCCCUUGCAAGUGAAGGGCGUACGUUACAUCCAAUGUUUUUCCGCGUUGCAAGUGCCAUUUAAAAAUCUUACAGAAUUGCUUCAAAGCGUUGAACAAAGGCCCCAAUUAAUUACAGAAAGCCCGCAGCACGAGACACUUGCAAGUACCUUAAAAAACCUUCAGCAGGCAUUAGCGAUAGCAGAAUCAGAGGCUAAAGAAGCCCCUCCUGAGCUAAGUGCUUUUACUCCAGCCAUUACAGCUGCUUCUGAUUCACUACUUUCGUCUCUGAAUAAACUGUCUAAGAGCAACACUCUCAUUGAGCUAGAGAAUAUAGCAGGUGUAUUGACGCAGUUUGCCUCCUCUAUAAGAACCACAACUCAAGAAUUGCAAAACCAAGCUGCAUUGGCAAUGGCUGAGUCUACUUUGCUUGCAGUAGACGAACUCGCAAACAUAGCAAACGGAAGCAUCGCAGAGGCACCAGCAGAGCUUGGCCUUCGUGCCACUGUAAUACAGCCAUUGAACCAGUGUUUGGUGCAACUCGGGGCUGCAGUUAAAAGCCUUCAAGAAAUAUCUGACGUUUCUGAUGAAACAACUUUACAUGAUGAUAAGUUGACCGUUUCUUUGUCUAAUCUUCGUGAAAGUUUAGCUGCAAGGGAACAAUUUUUGAUGGACCAAACUAUUGAAUCUCUGGGUGACCUAGCAUCCUUGGUUGUUCCGUUGCAUGAUUUACAAACUUCUAUAAAGUCAAUUUUGAAAGAAAAGGGUGACAAGCUUAGCACAAAGGAAAGUAAAGAAAUUAUAAUUAAAUUUGCAGGGCCCUUCUUAGAGUUUUCGAAAUUAGUAACUGACCUUAAGAAGGCAGAAGACAAUGCAGUACUUGCAGAAGCUCUUAAAACUACAGAUCUAGAACACGCCUCACUUGUGGACUGCGCUCUGAAAUCAAUUAAAGAGGUCAAUAAUGAUAUGGCCGACAUUCUCAAUCCAUCAAGAGACCUCAAGGCUCAUUUCAUCGAAGCUUCAGUUCUCACUGAACUAUCAUUGCCAAUGAAGGAACUGGACAGAGCUGUCUCAGUAAUGAAGGAGGUUGAUAGAGAUCGAAAUCGUGUGGAAGCAUUACUCACACCACUACAAAAUCUUCUUUCAUUAGUCAAUGACUUGAAAGACGACAUAGACUCAAAACCGCAGGAGGACCGGCUACUCAUAGAUGACCUUUUAGUUCCCCUUUCUCAACUGUCUUGGAGCGUUACUUUCAUUGAAGAAAAUGCUUUGUUAAAGCGCGAGAUUGGCGAAAAUCCUGUUGUUAUUGAAAACACAAUUUUAAAAUCAAUUCUAGAGCCCUUGGCUGAAUUUAAGAGCAAAAUAAACAAAGUAAAGGGCAAACUGCAAAGUAAGAUUCGAUCAAAGUGUGAUUUGGCGACGUCUCUCAUCAACACAAUUGACACUUUUACAGAAACAGUUGAAAAUUUGGACAAAGGGGAAGACUUACGUAAAGUCAAUCUACCUUUAAAAACUAUGCGCGAUGGUGCAACAAAAAUAAAAGAAGAUAUUCUGCAAAGUACUGCAUCGGAGCCUCGAGACCCUAAGCAGCUAGCGAAACCAGUAAAGGAUGCUGUGAAAAUAUUAAAUGACAUCACUUCUUUGACAGAAGAUAAAGAAUUGCUGACGGAGCAUGUAGCUAAGCUUUCCAAUUCACUAUCACAAGUAAAUAAUGAUGUCACAAAAAUGUCGAAAGGUGGGGAGAAGCCAUGGAAUAUUGAAGAUUGCGUGAUGGAGAAUGUCCAAAAUGCCCUUAAAAUGUUUGUUAAAUGCAUUGAAAAUCUGGCACCUGCGUUGCAUCAACAGUCAUGUUCUGUAGAAGACGUUCCUACCCUGGAAUCAGAAAGCUUUUUAAGUAUACUGCCAGAAGGUGCCGUUGCUCAUUUAGUGAGUGCUACAGACGAUCUAACAAAGGAACUCGCUAGGAUAGAAGUUAACGUUGUCAUUGACCAAACUUCAGAAAUGCCAGAAAAAACCAGACAAGCAGUUCUUGAAACACUUCAAGAACCUGCAAAGGAGCUUAGUGCGACUAUAAGCAAAGUGGCUGAAAUGCUGGCUUGCAACGAAACUGUCACUGAGGAUCAAGUAAAGGAUAUUGCGUCAAGAAUUCGCGACCUACACGAAGGUCUAGAAGAGAUAGAACAAGAAGUUGUGCUUGAACAAAUAAAAGAAGGUGCCGUAAAUUUAUCUAUGCUUCAAGCUAUCAUUCGCCCCAUAGAGCAACUAAAUACCUGUGUUGCAUUAUUCGAAGACAACCAGGUUUACCAACUACCAAGGGAAUCCGUAGCUGAAAAUGAAGCUACAUUUGAUUUCAGCACAGUUUCUCAGCCGGUAAAAGAACUUUCCGAAUGUCUAGCUGUGGUAGAAGAGUCUAUCGUUCACGAACAUUUGGAUUCUUUGCCUGUGAGCCAAGACCAACAAGUAUUAUACGCUCUUGCAAAUCCUAUACAAGAGUUGAAGUCAGGACUAGAACUUGUGGCGAAAGCUCAAGAUUCAGAAACCACAAUAGCAAUGCAGAAAUCACAACUGGAACAACUUCUAAAGUUGGCAAAGCCCAUUCAGGAAAUACAGGUUGCAAUUCAAACAGUUGACAAUGAAGAAGAACUAGAAACACAGCAGCUAGAAGGUGGUAUCAACACAGCAUUACUGAAAGCUUUAGCGGAGCCACUACAAGUUUUAGGUCACAAAAUUGCCGUUAUUGAACAUCAACAAGUAAUGGAAGCCAAUAUUUGUUCAGAGUCUGGUACAGAUAUUUCUAAGCACUCAACUGUAGUAAGUGUUGUAGAAGUUACAACACAAGGGGAACAAGCAAUUAUACACAAGCAGGUACUUCUUGAGGCAGACGGUGGAUCUUUAGAUAAUUCCAGCAGCGUUGAGCCGCAACAAGCACAAGAAACAGAAACGUCACUUCGAGCGGUUGGCGUCAUAGAGGUUCAAGAUACUGUGGAGGCAGAGGCAUCACUUAAGCUAAGAUCCAAAAAGCAACACGACCAAAUAGAUGCGAAGAACGCAUCGGAUUCCCUUGGCAUGGCUGUGUAUGCCGAUUCCGGCGUCCUAAUGUCAUCGAGACGCGAUGAGUCAUCUUCCGAAAUGCACGAUGAACCUGAAACCUUAUCAGAUAUAGAAAGCAUACCAGAAAUGUCCAAACCAGAAACACCUAGACCUACUGACGACGAAUGCAGUGAACCGGAGGUGACGGCAAAGGCAACAGUUACCGAAGUAAAAGCCAAAAUGGACGAAGAGGCUCAAGACAUGUCACAAAAAGAUGAUAAAGAUAGGGCCAACGCCGAAGUGGAAGAAAAUUCACGGGCAGAAGCUGCAAAGAAGGCUAAAGAGGAUGUCGAAAAGAAAUUGAAGAGAGAAGAUGAAGAAAAGGUCAAAGCGGAGGCUGAAGAAAAGAAAGGGAAAGAUGAAGCAGAAAAGGCCCAAAAGGAGGCUGAAGAAAAUGCCAAGAAGGAGGCUGCGGAAAAAGCCAAGCAGGAGGCUGAAGCAAAAUUAAAGAAAGAAGCUGAAGAAAAGGCGAAAUUAGAGGCUGAAGAAAAGGCGCGUAAGGACGCUGAAGAAAAAACCCGGAAAGCAGCUGAAGAGAAAGCAAAGAAGGAUGCCGAGGAAAAGGCCAAGAAAGAAGCGGAGGAAAAAGCUAAGAGUGAGGCUGAAGAGAAGGCCAAGAAGGAGGCUGAAGAAACAGCUAAAAAGGAGGCUGCAGAAAAAUUAAAGCUGGAGGCUGACGCAAAAUUAAAGAAAGAAGCUGAAGAAAAGGAAAAAUUACAGGCCGAAGAAAUGGCACGUAAGGAGGCUGAAGAAAAGGCCCAGAAAGCAGCUGAAGAGAAAGCAAAGAAGGAGGCCGAGGAAAAGGCGAAGAAAGAGGCGGACGAGAAAGCUAAGAGUGAGGCUGAAGUGAAGGCCAAGUUAGAGACUGAAGCGGAAGCCAAGAAGGAAGCUGAAGAGGUGGCCAAAAAGGAGGCUGUGGAGGUAGCAAAGAAGGAGGCUGAAGGAAAAGCACGAACAGAGGCUGAAGAGAAAGCCAAGGAGACCGCAGCAAAGUUGAAAAAAGAAGUAGACGAAAAGGCCAAACUAGAGACCGAAGAAAAAGCGCGGAAAGAAGCUGAAGAAAAUGUCAAGACAGAGGCUGAAGCCAAGGCCAAAAAGGAUGCUGAGGAAAAAGCCAAGAAGGAGACUGAAGAAAAAGAGCGAAUAGAGACUGAAGGAAAGACCAAGAAGGAGGCUGAAGAAAAUGCCAAGAGAGAGGCUGAAGAGAAGGCGAGGAAGGAGGCUGAAGAACAGGCCAAGCAGGAAGCCGAAGAACGGUCUAAGAAAGAGGCUGACGCGAAAUUAAGGAAGGAAGCUGAAGAAAAGGUGAAAUUAGAGGCUGAAGAUAAACUGCGGAAAGAGGCUGAACAAACGGCCAAGAAAGAGGCUGAACAAAAGGCAAAGAGUGAAGCCGAAGCAAAGGCCAAGAAGGAGGCUGAAGAAAGUGCCAAGAGAGAGGCUGAAGAGAAGGCGAAGAAAGAGGCUGAAGAAAAGGCCAAGAAGGAAGCCGAAGAAAAGUCUAAGCAAGAGAGUGAAGCAAAAUUAAAGAGAGAAGCAGAAGAAAAGGCAAAAUUGGAGGCUGAAGACAAACUGCGGAAAGAGGCUGAACAAAAGGCCAAGAAAGAGGCUGAACAAAAGGCAAAGAAAGAAGCUGAAGAAAAGGCAAAGAAGGAGGCUGAAGAAAGUGCCAAGAGAGAGGCUGAAGAGAAGGCGAAGAAAGAGGCUGAAGAAAAGGCCAAGAAGGAAGCCGAAGAAAAGUCUAAGCAAGAGAGUGAAGCAAAAUUAAAGAGAGAAGCAGAAGAAAAGGCAAAAUUGGAGGCUGAAGACAAACUGCGGAAAGAGGCUGAACAAAAGGCCAAGAAAGAGGCUGAACAAAAGGCAAAGAAAGAAGCCGAAGAAAAGGCCAAGAAGGAGGCUGAAGAAAGUGCCAAGAGAGAGGCUGAAGAGAAGGCGAAGAAAGAAGCUGAAGAAAAGGCAAAGAAGGAGGCUAAAGAAAGUGCCAAGAGAGAGGCUGAAGAGAAGGCGAAGAAAGAGGCUGAAGAGAAGGCGAAGAAAGAGGCUGAAGAAAAGGCGAAGAAAGAGGCUGAAGAAAAGGCCAAGAAGGAAGCCGAAGAAAAGUCUAAGCAAGAGAGUGAAGCAAAAUUAAAGAGAGAAGCUGAAGAAAAGGCAAAAUUGGAGGCUGAAGACAAACUGCGGAAAGAGGCUGAACAAAAGGCCAAGAAAGAGGCUGAACAAAAGGCAAAGAAAGAAGCCGAAGAAAAGGCCAAGAAGGAGGCUGAAGAAAGUGCCAAGAGAGAGGCUGAAGAGAAGGCGAAGAAAGAAGCUGAAGAUAAGGCCAAGAAGGAAGCCGAAGAAAAGUCUAAGAAAGAAAGUGAAGCAAAAUUAAAGAAACAAGCUGAAGAAAAGGCAAAAUUGGAGGCUGAAGAAAAACUGCGGAAAGAGGCUGAACAAAAGGCCAAAAAAGAGGCUGAACAAAAAGCAAAGAUUGCGGCUGAAGAAAAGACCAAGAAGGAGGCUGAAGAAAUGGCCAAGAAGGAGGCUGAAGAAAAGGCCAAGAAGGAGGCUGAAGAAAAGGCCAAGAAGGAGGCUGAAGAAAAAGCCAAGAAGCAGGCUGAAGAAAAGGCCAAGAAGGAGGCUGAAGAAAAGGCCAAGAAGGAGGCUGAAGAAAAGGCCAAGAAGGAGGCUGAAGAAAAAGCUAAGAAGGAGGCUGAAGAAAAGGCCAAGAAGGAGGCUGAAGAAAAGGCUAAGAAGGAGGCCGAAGCAAAGGCCAGGAAGGAGGCUGAAGAAAAGGCCAAGAAGGAGGCUGAAGAAAAGGCCAAGAAGGAGGCUGAAGAAAAGGCCAAGAAGGAGGCCGAAGCAAAGGCCAGGAAGGAGGCUGAAGAAAAGGCCAAAAAGGAGGCUGAAGAAAAGGCCAAGAAGGAGGCUGAAGAAAAGGCCAAGAAGGAGGCCGACGAGAAGACCAAGAACGAAGCUGAAGCGAAAUUAAAGAAAGAAACUGAAGAAAAGGCAAAAUUGGAGGCUGAAGAGAAACUUCGGAAAGAGGCUGAACAAAAAGCACAGAGGGAGGCAGAAGAAAAUGCCAAGAGAGAGGCUGAUGAGAAGGCUAAGAUAGAGGCUGAAGAAAAGGCCAAGAAGGAAGCCGAAGAAAAGUCUAAGAAAGAAAGUGAAGCUAAAUUAAAGAAAGAAGCUGAAGAAAAGGCAAAAUUGGAGGCUGAAGAAAAACUGCGGAAUGAGGCUGAACAAAAGGCAAAGAGGGAAGCUGAAGAAAAGACCAAGAAGGAGGCUGAAGAAAAGGCCAAGAUAGAGGCUGAAGAAAAGGCUAAAAAGGAUGCUGAUGAAAAGGCCAAGAAGGAGGCUGAUGAAAAGGCCAAGAGGGAGGCUGAUGAAAAGGCCAAGAAGAAAGUUGAUGAAAGGGCCAAGAAGGGGGCUGAAGAAACAGCAAAGAAGGAGGCCGGAGGAAAGGCCAAGAAAGUGGCUGAAGAAAAUGCUAAGCAAGAGGCUGAAUCAAAAUUAAAGAAAGAAGCUGAUGAAAGGCUAAAGUUUGAAGCCGAAGAAAAAACGAGGAAAGAAGCUAAAGAAAACAUGCAAGCGGAAGAAAAGACGAAGGUCUUGUCUGAUCCCAAAUCUAGGAAGGUGGGAGAGCCAACGAGGGAUGAUGGAAAAAAUCCGCGGAGAAGGCUAUCUCAAAAUCAAGUGACGAAACAGAAAUAUCAAAACAAGUGUCAAAUGCUGAGCUUUUCAAGGGUAGGGUGGAGGCAAAGGACAAUAUUGAAGAAAACUUACAAGCAGAGAGAAGAUACGAAAAACAAACUGCUGUUUUGCCAGAGGAACGUUACAACAAGGGCACAUCUGCUGGAUUUUAUACGCGUGACGCGGUGGACCGAGACCGGAAACGCCUUGAGGACGAAAGCGAACGCAGGACGGCCGCUAGGCACGAGGACGACGCGGCACGGCGCCGAAAACAGCGCCAGGAAGAUGCCGAAAAGUUUCAGCGCGACAUGGAUGUUCUGGAGGAGCGUCAAAAGCGCAUCCAGGAAGACAGGCAGCGCGUAGAGGAGCUUUCGAGCCGCCUCAUGCGGGAAGAAGCCGACCGCCGAAGCCGCAACGCGUGGGGCAUCAGCGAGGACGCUCGGGCGCCUGCCGCGCCAUCGCGGUACACCUCCACUUUCAGUUCAAGCUACUCGCACUCCUCUUACGAGCGCGAC